CGCCCCCGGCCCGGCCCGGCCCGGCCCGGCGGGCGGGACAGCCCGGCCCUCCGCGGGGCCCCGGGGGGCGCGGGCGGGGCGGGACCUAGCCCCCGCGGAGCGGGAAGCGGGGGGGCGGGGCCAGCAGAGGGGCGGGGCCUAGCACCAGGGUGAGCUAGAGAAGAGCUGUAAACAAUGGCUACGUCACUGAGAUGCUUCCGUCGCCUGCCCUCCCUGCUUUGUCGUUCCUCCUUCGCAGUGGCAAGGGCCCUGCCGCCGGCACCCGCAGGCUGUGGGCACGGUGUCCACCUGACGCUGCUGGCCAGGCAGCUGGCUACCAAAAAAGCUAAAGGUAAAGGGCAGAGUCAAACCAGAGUGAAUAUUAGUGCUGCCCUAGUUGAGGACAUUAUCAAUUUGGAGGAAACCAAUGAAGAGAUGCAGGCAGUGGUAGAAGCUCUGAAAGAAGAUUUCAGCAGAAACAUCAGUGUUAGAACCUCAGCAGGGGCCCUUGAUCACAUAAUUGUGGUGACAAAAGAUGGGAAGUUUCCACUGAACCAGCUGGGGCAGAUCUCACAGAAGUCACCGCAGCUCAUUCUAGUGAACAUGACCAGUUUUCCAGAGAGUACAGCUGCAGCUACGAAGGCUAUAAGGGAUUGCGGCAUGAACCUGAACCCAGAAGUGGAUGGGACAAUAAUUCGGGUGCCAAUUCCUAAGGUAACAAGAGAGCACAGGGAGAACUUGGCCAAGCUUGCCAAGCAAUCCACCAACAAGUCCAAGGAUGCCCUGAGAAAGGUGCGAAGCAAAAGCAUCAACCAGGUAAAGAAGUUCAAGAACAAGGUGUCUGAGGAUACCAUCUGGCUGCUAGAAAAGCAGAUCCAGCAAAUGACAGACAGUGCUGCAGCGGAGAUGGACAAGCUGCUGGCAGCAAAGACCAAGGAGCUGCUUGGAUAAGCACUAUCCCGAUGGACACGCUCUCCCCUCAAGCAAGACCAGACUGCCAUGCAACCUGAUGGCUGUCCCUGCCUGGAGUCAGUAGCCUCAGGGAUGGGCAGGGGUGGCUCUGCCAGACCUCCAGAGCAUCUCUGUGCUUUGGCUGCUCCCGUUCCCCACCUUGGAUUGUACUGGAGGGAGGGGGAAACUCUUCUCACUUUUCUUCAUGCAGGUGGCAACAGGACUGCAUGAACUGAGAUGAAAAGUAAAAUGGCAGGAGAUGGAGGAGUGGAGGCUGCUGGAAGGGCUCUCACACAGAAGCUGAGGAAGAACAACUGCCCUGCUCACCUUGCUGCUGCCGGGCUGCAAGGUGCUGGGAUGCAGACAGGCUGGUGUGCAAGAGAAACCUGUGCUGUCUUGCUGUGAACCUUGGCAUUAAUUUUUGCUUAAAAUAAAGUCAAAAUGAGAUGUGGA